GCUGAUAGCAUUUUCGAUCUAACCCUCUACGAAUCAGAUUCCAGAGAAACCUUCCAUCGGCAGAGGAACAGAAGACUGAAAAGAUCUAAACCAAAAGAAAAUCAGAAACACAUUUGUUCUCCUUACAAACCCUAGAUUCUCGUAACCUGCCAAUUUUUUCUCCUUUUUACGACAAUCAUUUCUCCUUGUUCUAGAAAUGAUUCGAUUCAUAUUGUUGCAAAACAGACAAGGCAAAACUCGUCUUGCAAAGUAUUACGUUCCUCUUGAGGAAUCUGAGAAGCACAAGGUUGAAUACGAGGUUCAUCGUCUGGUGGUUAAUAGGGAUCCCAAGUACACGAAUUUUGUCGAGUUCCGUACAAACAAGGUUAUCUACAGACGAUAUGCAGGACUGUUUUUCUCCAUGUGUGUUGAUAUAACGGAUAAUGAGUUAGCGUACUUGGAGUGCAUCCAUUUAUUUGUCGAAAUAUUGGAUCAUUUCUUCAGUAAUGUUUGUGAGCUAGAUCUGGUUUUCAAUUUCCAUAAGGUAUAUCUAAUUCUCGAUGAAUUUAUUCUGGCUGGAGAGCUCCAGGAAACAAGUAAAAAGGCUAUCAUUGAGAGAAUGGGGGAGUUGGAAAAACAAGAGUGAGAAGCCUAUGUUCAAGAUGAGCUUGCUUCCUGUUGUUGUGCAUCACAGUUCAGUCCGCUCUGCAAUUUGUUUAUUCGAUUGUAUAAGUGAUUAAGUGAUAGGAACGUCAAACAGGACUUCUUUAUUCCUGUGUCUCAGGCAGUAUUAUUAUUCAAGUACAGAUGUCUAUUUCUUCCGCCUUGAUGUAUAUACAUGUUGGUGAAAUGUCUAUUAUUAUCUCUGCCGAAUGGUUUCUUCCGAACUAAAUUCCAUUUGCAUUUGAUGAAGAUACUUGAAUUGGGUUUUGUUGGUUUCACCAUCAGACUCAAUUGGCUAAAUUGAAAAUUGAAAAUUGAAAAUA